CACAGCAUUGGAUUUUCAUCUGCUGGGAGCCUGGGAUUUCAAGGCAUUGGAUUUCUGUUCAUCGGCUUCCCUCGUUGUUGAGUUAAUCGUGAGUUGCGACCGGGGUGGCUUCAACCUUCAACUCGUACAUUCAUGCGCUUGUGAACGAUGAUCUUGAGUUCCAGUCCAGGUUCGAGCUGCUUCCUCUGGGUGGACGUGUGCUUACGUUUACUCCACUCGUCUGUGUCCAAGUGAGCGGACUGCAUGGUCGAGGCUGGGUUGGUUGACGAGGUGCGGAGGUUCUUUGAACCAGAAGCCGAUUAUUCUCAGAGAAUCAGACAGGCCAUUUGGGUGCCAGAGAUGGACGGGUUCCUCCGAGCGGAAGCUGAAGCACCGGCAGACGAAGAAACCCUGGCAAGACUCAUCAAGGAGGUGAUCGAGGAGAUCAAGGAAAUGCACUGCCUCAACGCCAUUCGAAGUAUUGAAGCACGACAAGGAAGCCUGGGAGAAGCUGGUGGCAGGACCAGGCACCAACAUGUCAGGCAUUUUUUCUACAAAGCCGAAAACCAUGGUCCCACUGCCUCUGCCGCUGCGACAACCAUCAAAGCGGCGGUCAUGGGGAAGGUAGUAGCAGCUGCGACUCGAUGAACGACGACGCAUCGGAUCAGAGUUAUGGCCAGCCACAUUGGCGGCCACAUCAUCGCCAAGCAUGGUUUUUAAAACCGACCUGGUGACCGAACCGGCCAAGGGUCCGGUUACUGGGUUGAACGGUUCGACUGUUCAAACCGAAUGCUCAGCCCGUUUUGA